UUUCAAAAACAGAAAGGUGAAGAGGAGCAACCAUGUCAGCCAGCAAUGUUCCUGAAAUAAAGUACGAUGUUUUUGUCAGCUUUAGAGGCAAGGAAAUCCGUGACGGAUUUCUUAGCCAUCUGACUGAGGCAUUUGACAUGAAGAAAAUAAAUGGCUUUGUAGAUGAUAAACUUGAGAGGGGAGAAGAAAUAUGGCCAUCACUUGUUGCAGCUAUUGAAAGAUCAGCCAUUUCGUUGAUCAUCUUCUCACCAGACUAUGCUUCUUCUCGUUGGUGUUUAGAAGAAGUUCUGAAAAUAGUUGAAUGUAAAGAGAAAUAUGAACGGAUUGUAAUUCCGGUUUUCUACAAAGUGGCACCAACAGCUGUAAGACAUCAAUCUGGAAGUUACGAAAAUGCAUUUGCUAACCAUCGACUAAACUAUACCAGACAGGUGCAAAUGUGGAAAGAUGCUUUGAAAAAAUCUGCUGAUUUAUCUGGAAUUGAAUCGUCCAAAUUUAGGUAA